UUCCUGUCAGUUGCUAAAGGGUUUGUUGUGGCUUUCGCUUUUUGUUUGAAGUACAGACUGCUGACAUCAUAUGAUACAUUAAAGCUGAAUUGGAAGUUUUGGAGUAUUGUCACAGUACAUGUAUGGAUGCCAACAGGAAACAGCAAAUAAGCCUAAACAUUUUUGUUAUGUUUUAUAAUUGAGUCAGUCUUCUGUUGCAUGGAAUAUGUAUAGUACAGUAACAUUAUUAAGUGUAGUGCAGUGUUAUUAAGUGGUUGAAAUAGUAAACAGUUUUUACAUUAAGGACACAAUUUUGUAUGGAGAGCAUUGUGUUAUGAUUUGUUUAGUGUGAUGAAAUUAGUAUUAUGUGUUAAGACUGCAAAGCCCCAGUUAGAAAUACCAGUUUUAAAGAAGAAUGAUUUGAAGUGAAUGUCUGGAAGCUGACAUUUUUAAAUACAGUGCAGUUUACAUCCAGUAUUUAGCUUUUUUUAUUGCUGACUGCUGCUGGAAACAUUGGUGAAGAUUUGGGAAGUAUGGAAGGUUUUAAGAAAGUUCUUGUUUACCUUUCCAAAGACAACUCUAUACCUCAGUGUGCAAAGUUUGCUCAGAGCAUAACAGGACAUUUCUGUGGUUCCCAUGAAGACCGAGUGCCUGUGAAUUUCUGUCUUAGCAACAAUAAAUUUAUCGUAUCAGACAAUGAAUUCCAAGGGUCCACAAGAGCGUUUUUAAAAAGGCCACCAUUUUGCCCCUUCAAACAUCUGGAUGCCACUCAACUGUCCCUAUUGCGAGAAGGUACCCAGAGCAGGGGAGUGGACACUGGUGUUGCAAUAUUACUUCAGACAGCUAAUAAGAAGAUCCUGCUAACCAGACGGGCAAAGGACCUUAGCAUCUUCCCAAAUCUAUGGGUUCCACCAGGUGGACAUGUGGAACUCAACGAAAAGCUUCUUACAGCUGGACUGAGAGAGCUGGAAGAGGAAACUGGCCUACAUCUCAAAGAGGGAGGGUACUCUUCCAUGACGCUGGGAUUGUGGGAGUCUGCAUAUCCUCCUGGACUUAGCAGAGGCUUACCAAAGCGACACCAUAUUGUCUCUUACUUAGUUGUUACAUCUAAUGAAGACCACAGUGAACUUCAGAAAAGGCUUUGUCCGAAUGAAGAAGAGGUCAGUGCCUGCGCGUGGCUUGAACCUAGCAUCAUAGAAGCCAUUGUAACAUUCACAGAUAAAAAAGAAGCACCAAGGAAGCUACCUGAUGGCCUACCACCAACUGUAAAGAUUACAACAUUGUGCGACGGACUGAUGAAGGACACAGAGCUGCCGACUUUGGUUUUGUUGAACACAGGUGAAGAUGUGGAAAGGGUCAGCGAUGGAACUAAAUAUGCACUGCAGCUGUGGCUGGACAAUUUAAAGUCACAGAACCAUCUAUAAGGAUUUCAGCUACUGCAGAGAAUUUUGUUAAAGGUUGCAGUUAUGCAGAGCUAAAUGUGAUGCAGCAUUAGAAACUGUAAUGCUUCCUUAUGUAUGUAGUUAGCUGACUGACUGUGUACAUCUGAUGGCAGUACAAACUAUGUCUGUGUAUAUUAAAGCCGCUGGUACUGUCUAUGAAUCGUAACAGUAAUGUGGAAUGUAAUGAUUUUGUCACACAAUAAAAUGGACAUCUGGGAA